AUGUGGGAGGUGGUGGGCGGUGGAGACAAGGGCGGCAUCUUAGUGCGUGCAGGGCAAGGCACCUCGAGUGAGCAAUUGCCGGAGCGACUUAGUACUGGUGCCAUUGUUGAGGAGUUGGAGUUGGCAGGUGAACGGCUGCAUUACAAGUUGGUCACCGGUCAAGGACCUGCCAGUGGUUGGGUGAGUGUGACCCUCAAAGAUAAGGCGCUGCUCAUCCGCAAAGAUAGCCCUGCAACGGAGCCCGAAGCAGUUCCUCUCGGGCGCGAUGAGGAGCUCCGAGACGGGGACUACUUCGUGACUUUAGGGCCAAUCUUCAAGAAAGCAGGGACUGACCCUGAGACCCAGAAGAUUGUGCAGCUGAAUCGGAAGGUUGGUGCGAUUGUGCACACCACCGGGAAGAUCUGGAAGGGCCCUACCGGCGGCUUCUGGGUGGAGCUGGAUGUCUCUCAAGGCGACUCGGGCGCGGGCGAGAAGCCCGGCUACGUCAUGAUUGACGCUGCCGGCUUCGGAACGCCCGGGCCGUGCCUGCAGAAGGCGUCCCCAGAGGCCGGUGAUGGGAGAUGGAGGUCAGACUAUAACCCGGGCCAAGGCUUGGACAGUGCAAGCCUCCUCAAAAGCGCUCGCCGGAAGAGGAGAACAGGAGCCGUGCGCGAGCAGGCGCGCGUGUGGGAACCUCACGUGGAAAUGAAGAUCGUAGACGUAGCGCGCCGGAUGCAAUGUGUAGAAUCGUGGGCGAACAGCCUUUCGCACGGUUGUUGCAACGCCAAACAAGCGGAGUUGUGCGCCAAAGUUGCCGGCCAAGUUACGCAAGAGAUGGGUGUGGAAGGCCCUGACGUAGGAGAACCGUUGCGCUGGGCUGUACAUGGUGGUCCUGGCACAGGAAAGUCUUAUGUGCUGAAUCUGAUAAGGCAACAAUUGUUUGAAGAUAUUUUGCAGUGGAAGCAAGGGGACCAGUUUCAAGUAGUGACCUUGCAAGCGGUCAUGGCCAACGAUCUGAAUGGGGACACCAUUCACCAUGCCUUUGGAUUGAAUUGGCAAGGCACAGGGGAUGAACGCAUCAGUGGGCACAGGCUGCUGGACUUGAGUGUCCAAGCGUUGCGUUUGCGAUGGUUGAUCAUUGAUGAGAUCAGCAUGGUCAGCGCAGAACUCUUGGCACGUUUGGAAUUACGCUGCCGGGAGCUUGUCCGCGACCUGGCCCCAGGCAAGUACGCCAAGGAGCGGGCAAACGCAAGGCCAUUUGGCGGCUUGAAUGUUAUCCUGGCCGGCGACCUGUGGCAAUUGCCGCCACCUCGAGGGACCUUCUUGGGGGAAGUUCCGUGGGAAUGGUUGACGCAAGGCAAGGCUGCGGUGCAGGCAUGCGGCAUGCGGCCAAAGUCGUUGGUGAUGGUUGUGCAAACGGCUCUGCUCCAGGACUUCUUGGUCUACAGCAAGACCACUGGAGCUGAAAUGAGGAUCGUCCUCGCUAUGCUCUUUCAGCUGAAGGCAAAACAAGCGCUGACCGAUCUUGGCGCAGCCAUUAGGAUGACGAAUCUGCAAGUGUCAACUUGGGACUCGUGA